CAGACAAAGGACUGACUCCAGUCUGUCAGCAACAAGAUGAACGCCAGCAACGCGACAGGCUGGGAUCAGGUCGGCACCUCGGCCCAGGUUGUCUUCGUGCUCGUCUACAGUCUGCUGUUUCUGGUCGGUUUGCUCCUGAACGGCUUCACCCUGAAGGUUUACUUCUGCAGAGCCCGGCAGCAGACGAGCAGCAGCGUGACCGUUUACCUGAAGAACCUGGCGGCCUCCGACUUCCUGAUCAGCCUCAGUCUGCCCAUACGAAUCAUCCACUUAACAUGGAACUCCGUCCCCAUCCACCAGCUCUACUGCAACUUUGGUUCUGUCGCCUUUUACCUCAAUAUGUACGCCAGCAUCCUGUUCAUGGGUUACAUCGCUGCUAACAGGUAUCUGAAGAUCGUCCACCCUUUACAAACUCACAUCCUGCAGACCAAACGAGCCUCUCACAUCGUCUCCAUGGUAACCUGGGUCUUCCUUCUGGCCGUGUCAUGCAGCUACAUCGUCCUGUUCCUCCUCAACCAGAAGGACUCUCCUAUGAAGGACACGGUCUUCUGUGAAGACCUGCACAAUUCAAAGUUCGGUGUUUUCUACAAACUCACCCACGCCUGCUCCGCAGCCAUCUUCCUGCUCGUCCUCAUCUCCCUGGUCCUCUUCUACUACAGCACCUCCCACAGGCUGUCUCUGGCCCAGCAGAGGCAGCCGGCGUCCUCCAGCUCUAACAAACUCGCCAAGUCACGCAGGAACAUGUUGGUGCUGGUCAUCGUGUUCUGCAUUUGCUUCGUCCCGUACCACCUGGUUCGACUCCCGUACGCAUUCCUGGGGAAGGACAUGACCUUCUUCUACCUGAAGGAGGUGACCAUCAUAGUGUCAGUUCUCAACAUCUGCCUGGACCCGCUCAUCUACUUCAUCUUCUGCAAGGCCUUCAGGGCCCAGCUGAACACGAAGAGGACGUUCAACACGUCGCAAGUCACCUCGCACGCAGGAAGACUCGAGAUGAGAAGCAACGGCGAGUGGUGA